UUCCCGUUCUGAAGGGAAAAUUACGAUGAGCUCAUCCAUUACCCGCGUUUUUUCCCACUCUCCCAUCUCCAUCUGCAACUCUUUGUCCAAAAUCGAUGAUUUCCAUACUCGUCUACGAGUAAGACCAGUGUGGUUUCAAUUUCCAUUACAAAAACCACUUUCCUUAUUACAGUUUCCUAAAAUGAGGAGUACAGUUAUCGUAAUGAGAGACAGGGGAAAGAAUCGUAAACCAUUACAAAGAGGAAGAGUAAGUAUUGAAGCAAUACAGACAGUUCAAGCACUUAAACGAGCUAAGAAAGAUGAGAAUUCGUUAAAACAAGUUUUUGAAACGAUGUUUAGAAGGUUGGUUAAACUAGAUAUGAUUGCUGUUCUUCGAGACUUACAAAGACAGAAUGAACCCGUUUUAGCACUCCAUGUGUUUGAAGAAAUGCGUAAGGAGUAUUGGUAUAAACCACAAGUGUUGAUGUAUGCUGAGAUGAUUACAUUCUUAGCAGACAAUGAAUGUUUCGAUAAAGCUGAACUUGUUUUUAUGUAUAUGAAGAUGGAAAAUGGAUUAGAAGGUGGUGUCCAGGGGUUUAAUGCUCUUUUAACAACGUUUAUGGAUUUUGGUAAUGUUGCGUUGUGUAUGGAGUGUUAUGAGUUGAUGAGGAAGGUGGGUUGUGAACCAGAUAGGUUGACAUUUAAGAUAUUGAUUAAUGGGUUGGAAUCCAAGGGGGAAUAUGGUCUUUCAGUUAUUUUAAGACAGGAAGCAGAGGGGUUUUAUGGUGAGGAUCUGGAGUUUUUAGAAGAGGUGGAAGAGAUACAAUCAAGCAUCUGGCCUCGUUGGUGAAACUCGCGCAUAAAGAAGGAGAGGUCCUUUCUCGGCUUAUUACUUAAAGCUUCUAUUAGCGUAUGGCAUUGUAGAACUUGAAUUUUGUAUAAAAACUUGGUCUUAAGAAGAGAUUCUAAGGAACAAGAGAAUGUGCUAGUUCUACAAAUUAAUGACUUCCAAAUUUACCCAAGGGAGGCAAGAAAAUUGCGUUGAAGAAGAAUGUAGCAAAAUUCGUAUAUAUAGAGGUGUUUCAGUUAACCUUAUAUAAGCAGCAUAAUGAAGAACAAACUAUAUUGUUACCUUCUAAACUGAACUGGCACCACAUCAGCUCUUUUAUCAGCCAUUCCAGCAAAAGCCGUUUCAGACAUUUCAAAGUGC